AUGGGUCUGCUAAGUGUGGAUUUGUUGAUCACGCUUCAGAUCUUGCCGGUCUUUUUCUCCAAUUGCCUCUUUCUUGCGCUCUAUGACUCUGUGAUUCUCCUGAAGCACAUGGUUCUGUUUCUGAGCCGCUCUAAGUCUGGGCGCGGUGAGUGGCGGAGGAUGCUGACCUCGGAGGGGCUGCGCUGCGUCUGGAACAGCUUCCUCCUGGACGCCUACAAGCAGGUCAAACUGGGAGGAGAAGCCCCAAACUCCAGUGUAAUCCACAUAGCCAAGGGCAGUGAUGGCAGCAGUGGCAGCUGGAAGAAUGUUGGUGGCAAGUGUGGAACCAAAUGCCACCUUCUGGAUUUUGCCAACUCAGAGCGGCCACUGGUGGUCAACUUUGGUUCAGCUACCUGACCACCGUUCACAAGCCAGCUGUCAGCCUUCAGCAAGCUGGUGGAGGAGUUCUCUGGUGUGGCUGACUUUCUGUUGGUCUACAUUGAUGAAGCUCACCCAUCAGAUGGCUGGGCUGCUCCUGGAAUCUCUCCCUCCUCAUUCGAAGUUAAGAAACACAGAAGCCAGGAAGAGAGAUGUGCAGCUGCUCACCAGCUCCUAGAGCACUUUUCCUUGCCACCUCAGUGCCAAGUGGUGGCUGACUGCAUGGACAACAAUGCCAAUGUGGCCUACGGGGUUUCAUUUGAGCGAGUAUGCAUUGUGCAGAGACAAAAAAUUGCCUACCUGGGGGGAAAAGGCCCCUUUUUCUACAACCUUCAAGAGGUCCGGCUUUGGCUGGAACAAAACUUCAGCAAAAGAUGA